UUUUAAUUUGAUUAAAUUUCAAAUCAGAAUGGAGGCAGAAUUUAAUACUGAAGAGGAGAUAGUCUUCAAGCAUAACCAAGCUGAACUUGAGGAGAAAAUUAGGAACAUCAUAAAGGAUGGAAUCGACACAGUCCAAAUUUUGGCAGAUUUUGAUAUGACUCUUACUAGAGAUAGAGUUGGAGGUGAGAAGGCAUCUAGCUGCUUUGGAGCUCUCACUCACAGUGGUUUGCUCUCAGAUGAGUAUGUCGAAAAAUAAUAAGAAGAACUACGAGAAGUACAGACCUAUUGAGAAAGACCCACAUCUUGACCUUCAAGAGAAAGAAGCUCUUAUGGAAGAGUGGUGGGAGAAGGAAUGAGAUGAUAUUAUAAAUGAAGGCCCCUCUCAUGAGGAUUUCAUGAAAAUGGCAUCCUCAUGCAAAAUCUAUUUUAGGAAUGGUAUCAGUGAACUGCUAGAAAUCAGAAAGGAUGUCCCAAUGCUAGUUGUUAGUGCAGGGAUUGGAGAGAUCAUCAAAGCUUCUUUUGAAGUGCUUACAAAUGAUAUUGACACUAAUCUCUCAUCGUUGAAGAACUUUAGCAUUGUAUCAAAUUUAGGUGUGUAUGAGGAUUCAAAAAUAGUCGCAUUUAAUCAGCCACUAGUAAACGUUAUGAACAAAUCUUCUCAUGUGAAGAAGUUUAUUGACGCUCAGAAAGAGCUAGAUGAGGAGAACCACCAUCAUCUCAGAGGAAACAUCAUUGUGAUGGGAGAUGUGAUAGAAGACCUAAGGAUGAUUGACGAAAUCUCUUAUGACAACAUUAUUAAAGUUGGAUUUCUGAACAACCUUGAAGUUGACUCUCAUCUUGAAGAAGUAUAUGAGAAGCACUUUGAUAUAAUAAUUCAGCAUGAUGGCAAUCUUUAUCCUAUAAUCAGUUUAUUGCAACUCUUUGCUGGAGAGAAAAUGAGUCAUGGCGAUAAGCUUCCAGAUGACUUCAGAGAAUUUCUUGAAAGCCUCUAUGAUGACUAACUGAAUCAGCUAUUCUGAUAAUAUCUUGGGAUACUUCAAUUUUAAUAUUUGAACUUGG